UUCUAGUCUUGUUCUUGAAUUAAAAGUAUAUAUAUAUGUAUAUACAAUAAAUAAAUAUGUAAUAUUAAUACUCACAUGUCAAAAAUUAUUUUGUCACCAUUUAAUAUCUGAAAUUUUAUAAACUAAUCAAUAAAUUAUUUAUAAAAAAUAAUUAAUCGAUUUAAUAACAAUAAAUAAUUAAAUUAUUAUUUUAAAACAAUAAAAUGCCACCGAAAUUUAAGCCGGGAGGAAAAAGAUUUCCACCAAAAGUAACUCCAAAGUCUCAUCCACCUCAAGCAUUUCAUGAUACUCCAGCGUCAACGAGUUCUCCAGGCCUAGAUGACGAAUCUGAAAAUAAAUUUGAACUUGAAUUGUGUUGGUGUAUACAGCAGUUAGAAUUAGGAAUCCAAAGUGGAAAAUUAAAAGAUAAACAACUUAAAGACACUAUAAAAAAUUUAAAUUCAUUAAAAAGCAAUAGUGUAGCUCUAGUACAAAAAAGACAAAUAAUGAGAAGUACUUUUGGGGAUUAUCGCUCAAAAAUGAUUGAAGAAGAGAAAAAACUUGGAAAAUCUGUAACUCAAGUUAAAUUUUCAUCUGUAAAAGCUGAAAAAAACAAGUCUGUCUUCUUAAGAAAGUCUCAUUGUUCUAACAAUGAACAACCAUCAACGUCAACCAAUCAAACUAAUGGAGAACAAAUAAACGGAUCCAGUCAAAGUCUUUCGUCUCUAUUCCGUAAAAAACCAACAAAUGAAACUUUUGCAUUUAAUUUUAAUAAUUCCGAUACUUAGAAAAUAAAAUUUAUCAGUUUUCAUAUUCAUAAAUUGUCUAUAUUU